CGUCGUGUUGAUUGCAACAUAACAAAGUCAAAGUUGACAUUUUAGAUUUGACGCAGUGACUUUGUGGUCAAUAUCUCAUUGAGUUUACACUUCCAUUAUUAACCCUAUGAAAUGAAACUGGUUACAGGGUAUCGAAACAUUUGGCUAGUAUAUUUGUGUUGUAUUUAUUCGUGGGUUGCGUUAUCUACAGCCUGUGACAGCGAUUAUAAUUGUAACUUAGGUAGUUAUCUGAGGGAAAAAUGUUGCCAUGGAACGUGUAUUUCUGAGGAUUCAACGUGUAUUUCUGGCGCAGCAAUAGCAGGAAUUGUCAUUGGAUGUUUGAUUAUUGGAGGAAUUAUAAUAUCAUGUUGUUUGUGCUUUUGCUGUGCUUGUGGUCCUUUCCAAAACCGAAGUCAAGGGACUGUAAUUCGGUAUGGCGGACAUGUAGCACAAACAACAACAACAGGCGUAUCAAGUUAUCCGGCUGCAAGUGUGCAAGCAGGUUAUGGAGCUUCGUAUCUGCAACCAGCAGGCGUAGCACAGUAUCCACAAUCGGGAGCAGCACCAUAUCCUAGCGCCGUUCAAGGCAGUGUAGCGCCAUAUCCUUCUCAGGCAAAUACUGGUUAUCCAUCAACAGCCCCACCGACCUACGACGAAGCUAGCAACCCACCACCUUAUAACCCAGGAUAUCCACAGUAAACUUUAUGUUGUAUUGAAAUAAUAAACGUUUUCAAUCACAAAAUAUUUUGAUGUAUGGCUAUAUAGAGCGUAUAUAAAUAUUUUGACUGCAGUUGAUAUAAAAGUAGAGAAUUUCAGAUCUGCGACGCCGCAAACUCGACGAACGCGGUCUGAAUUCGGCUCAAUAAUGAACCUUAUACUAUAAAUGUUUGAAGCUUUUCAAACAGCUUUGCAAACAGUUAAGUUUGGCUGUUAAAGCGAUGAGCUGUUUAAUAUUAGGGGCUCAACUUGCGUCGAAUUUCCAUCGAAUUUAAGCCCGCGUGAGAGUUGGCAAAUCUAAUCAACUGGCAACUCUCAUUCUCGUUUGACCAGGCUUUUAUAAUUCGUUGAAUUAAUGGUCUGAAUUUUAUUUUCAGAACAUUAUUCAUUAAUCAUUAUUCGGACAGAAUCUCGAAGCCAAUUUCUCUGAAUUUGCGACGAAGCCCGUGAAAUACUUCGGCAACGUCGCAUUAAAAAUAAAUGCAACGAAUUUAUAGAUUCAAGUCAACGGAAAUAAGCUCCCCAGGUAUUGAAGCUUUCAUGUUGUUCGAAAGACGUGAUAUUGCUUAAUUGUUUAACGUUGUUGAAAGAAUACCCUUUGGACCACAAAUUAUUCCUUUUUGAGUUGCCUGAAGAAUUUCUUUGUUUCGUAGGGGCGUCGUUGAUUUGCUGCGUCAUAGAUCAUAAACUCUUUAAUUUGCGUUAUAAAACACGGUCAUCUAGUUAAAUAAUAGAAGUUGUAUAUUUAGAUACAGAACUAUAUAUAAUUCAACAAUUUUAUAAAUUUAAACUGUGUUAAAUGGAAACAGUUGACAACAAAGAUGUUUGUGAAAUCUAAUGAUAGAUCUGUUCCUAAUGCUUUUCAAGUAGCAUGUCAAAAUACUAGUGAUAGAGUACAUAAUUUUGCUUAUCAGCAUUCCACAGUUGCAUAUUUCAAGUAUAUUAAAUGUCUCAAUGUGACUUGUUUGAAGUAUACCAGCAUCAACGUUAUUAUAUAGUGUUGAGUAAAGGUAGUCAAACGGAAGAGAUGUCCCCUUGUUUUAUCCUACAUGUUCAGUCG